AUGGGAAAUGCUCAGCCAACCAACAAGACGGGGAGAAAGGUAGUAUCCAAGAAGUUGGAAAAUGCGGGUAAAACAAAUAUCCUGUCACUGAGAGAACAUGGGCUGGAUGAGAUUCCUGUUCAGGUCUUUGAAAUCAAAGGGAUGAAGACAUUGGAUGUUUCUCAAAACAAAAUCAAAAACCUGGGCAGUCGUCUGGCAGUCUUGACGGAACUCAAAUCACUCAACGUGGAUCAAAACUUGUUGGUUCCAGGAUCCUUGGCACCUGUUGCAAAAUUAUCCAAGCUACAGAUAUUUUCAGCGGGAGGCAACCAGUUGGGAGCUGCCUCAUCAUCUGCUCCAGCCUUGCCAGCAUUGCCCGCUUCCCUCAAACAAAUCAAGUUGGAUCACAACUCUUUUAGCAGUUUUCCACCGCCCCUUCUCCUUUUGCCCAAACUCGAAAAACUGGACUUGUCCCACAACAAUUUGGCGGCCGUGCCAUCCGAAAUUUCGUCUCUGGUCAAUUUGACCGAGCUCAAUUUGGAUUUUAAUGUUGUUGUCAGCCUUCCAUCGUCCAUGGGACAAUUGAAAAAGCUCAAGACGCUUUCGUUGAAGAACAAUCAACUCCGUGCCAGCAAUACCAACUUUUCCGACAAGAAUCCACAACCCAUUCCGGCAUCCUUGUUUGAAGACACGCCUUUGAUUGAUUUGAAUCUACACAACAAUCCCAUGACAUCCACGACACUCAACGAAUUUGAAGGAUAUGACAAGUUUCUGGCACGACGAGAAAAGAUCAAGACCAAAGAUAUUUACGGUGGUGCUUUGACCAAUUUGGAUGUCUGUGGAUUGAAGUAG